UGUUUCCAUCUGCGACGGAAUGAAGACAAACACAGAGAUGGUGUGUCUAAGAAAUUUCAAAAGGUGUAGGCCUCCUGAUUGAAGCACAAUCAGUUUAUUGCAUUCAUUUUUCAUUAUAAUCCGGUACUCCUACAGGGAAAGUCAUGAUUACACUAACA